AAGCAAGGCGGAAGUGCGUGUCCUGUGUCAGCUUUGCUGAAAACAAAACAAGGCAGAACGCACCAUGAUGGAUGAGCUGGUGCAGGACCUGGUUUUGGCUCUGGAGCAGUCGUCAGAGCAGAGUAAACUGGGGGAGCUGUGGGAGGAGAUGGUGCUCAGUCCCCUGCAGCCGCAGCGCAGACAGGUGCGGCGGCGCAGAGCACAGCGCAGGCACAGGCACUCCUCUCUGUAUCACUACUGGCUCGAGGCCUCUGAGUCCAGUAUGGAUGAAGCCUCCAGAGGCUAUGGAAGGAGCCUAGCCACAACCUCUGUGGCCAACUGCAGUGACUCGGAUGAAAGGAGCACAAGCAGCCGAUGGCAGCAGAUGAGGAGGCGGCCCCUUAGAAGCAGGCCAACCUCAUGGCCACACUAUGAUUCUUACACUGAGAAUUCACCAGGACGACCACUCAGGAGGAAGAGGAAGGUCAAACGCAUGACCUCUGAUGUCAUCCCCCGAACACAGCCCAAGCUGAGGGGUCCUAAUGUGGACCAAAAAUCAGCAUCGAGGAUGCAGCAUCUGUCAGGAUCGAAGAACAGACCUGGUGGCUGGGUGAGGGCAGAGCAACCGACCGAAGGAGCCCGGCUCAUGGGACAGGAGUGCUGGAAGAGGAAACUCUCACGGGCCAGUGAGCACCAGGACGGAGCGGAGGAGAAGAUGUCAGAUGGAGAGACCAGCAGUACCUGCAGCAGUGAUCCUGGCCUAUUCACUAAUGAUGAAGGGAGACAAGGUGAUGAUGAACAAAGUGACUGGUUUGUUGAGGGAGACUGUGGAGUCAGGACAAGUGUAACCAGUCUUCGACCCAACUGGGACUCAGACAGCCAGCAGUCCCUGAAGGAUAAUUGCUCCUCAGCCACUUUCCUGCACCCAGCACGACCUUCUCGAGGGUAUUGUUCCCGUCUGGCUGGCACUGCUGCCUGCUCGAUCCGAAAGGAAAGAAGACGGAUUCCAACCAAGGGAGGCCGUAUACCAGUAUUUGUGAGGAGACUGAGACACUUAUCUGAAGACCGCUAUCAGAGAGGUUUUUGGUUGUCCUCAUUUGGGAGUCAAGAACAAAGCCAGUUGAACACUCUGUGCCCAUCACCGGUGCGUCCUAUUGACAUGAUGUCAGAGAGCUCCCAUCUCAGAUGUUCCUCCUCUAUUCGCACUAACAGGCAGAUUAACAUCAACCCAAGAAUAGUUUGUACAGAAGACAUGAGAAGGAGGAGGAGCAAAUCAUCAUCCGUCUUAUCAGCAUGCAGUCUAUCCCAUAAAGAGAAACCAUGAGGAGAUGAUCAGAAGCCAGAGUUGUCGAGCAUCAAAGAUUGUCACUUACACUACAUCCAGAAGCAAAGAUUCAACCUGGACUGACCUGACAUCUACACAGGCCUUGGGGAAAAUGACUGUUGUGAAAGACACACAAAACUCCUGCUUUCCAAAGUUGGAAAAUACAAAGCACAUCAUUAAUGUUCAAAUCAGCAUGUUACAGUGAAAGCCCAUCUUUGCAGGUAGUAUAUUAAGCUUGACAAAUGGUAAUGCAAUCAAGGCUUGUUAAGACUGCGCUAUCUCCUGGAGGAAGAACACAGCUUCAAGAGGCCUCUUGUUUGACUCAAGACUCUGUAACUCCUCCUGUCUCUGCACAGUCUCCAGGCCACCUGCUACUACACAAUCCAACAAUUAUGGCUACUUUUAUAGAGCCACGUUUGUCAGCAGGGACACCAGAGGGAGGAUGGUCAGGAUGGUCUCUCAUAAUGGUUUUACACAGACGGAAGCCAGACACAGCCCAGCAUCAGAAUGUGUAACUGCUCCAUGCUGUUUUGGGUUCAGAGAGGAAACCACCAGGAGAGAUCCACAUAAUGUACAGGUCUCCCAUUAACAUGCAUUAGAAAUACUACACCUGAUACAAAGGUAUUCAUUAGCACAACACAAACGUGUGUAGUCUCUGUGUUCAGAGAGCUGCCUCUUACCUUCUUUAUUCAAAUUCUUCCAAAUUUAAGUUCAAGGUCCACAGCAGAUCUGUUUGAACAGGCUGCUUUUCACUGGGGUGUAGCACAGCUGCUUUUGAGGCGACUCUGAGCCAGCAGAUAGAAGUCUCACAGAAGCAGGCUUGGGCAGACCAUUUUUGUUUAAUAUUGAUCAAUCUUGAUUUUGGAUAAAAUGUUAUUUUUGAUUAUAAACAAAAAUGUUUUUUAACAAUAAGUUUCAUGAACAGAGACAGACUCAACUCAACUGGUAUAGAUUUCCUGUGUUCCAAAGGUUUUAGAAACUAUAAGAUCAAUCACAACUGCAGGGGUAAUGCAAGCUUUACCUUAAAAAGUAUAUAUGUAUCUAUAAAAAUAAAUGCAGUAGCUCAUGUAUAUGAAGCUUGGGAAAAACACAGUGCUUCAUAGCAACAAGGGUCACUUGGUAUGCACAAAGUAUUCUGAGAAGGAGAUAACUUUUUAGUGUAAUGAACUGCAGAAUCACCAGCCACAUAUUGUAUGUCGUUUUGGUCAUUUUUAAAGCUGCAUUCAAGAGAAGAAUCGCAUUUAGUGGAAUGAGAUUUGCCAAUUAAUGUGAGUUAUAUGUGUGCAAUAAUCCGUCUGGGAAAGCUUUAUGUGAUCAUGUUGGCCAGGGAUGACAUUUAUAAAUGCUGUGUGUGCACACUGCUCUAAUGGAUACCUCACAGAAGACAGACCUCACAGGGAUCAGUCAAAGGGUUGAGGUUCUUCCUCUAAUCCACCAUUCUUUAGCACCAGUCCUCAUCAAAUCAAACACACAAUUCAACAUCCACAUGACUCUUGGCUCAUAGUUGCAGUGAUUGACAGAAAAAGGCCCAUUACUCCACAUUCAGUCCAUAUUCAGUCCACUCUGUUAGUGGCAGUGGGUAAUACUUCACCUGCCUUCACACUAAUUAACAGUUACUGUACAGUAAUGAUGUCCCAGCCAAGUGCAUGUCUCAAAAUGAAUUCCUAAUGGCCAGGAAGCGGGCCACAUGGCUUCCUUGCAGCUAGUCAAUUGCCCUGUUACAGUUAAGGAAUUCAGCCGGCUGAUUCUCAUAUUUCAUCCCAGGUAAAGAUUACCUGUCAGUCCCAUGGGAGAUGUAUUGAUCUGUUUUCCUUUUUCCGCCAGCAAUCACCUGACAAAGGCACCUAGGAGGCCGGUGAAUGAGUGAUGCCUGCUCUGUCUGAGGCUGAAUGGGGGCUCCCAUGCCACUGGAUAGGUGGAGUUGUGCUGAGUAACAACGCAGAUAAUGAAAUCAUAAAGUCUGUUUGAACCUCCUCUAUAUGCACACAGAGCAGCCCCUUUGUGCCCGAGGUCAGAGGUCACUGUUGAAUUAGCUUUUUGGCUCCUUUCUUGUUUGAGGUGUUUGCUCCUCUAUGCAGCACACAGUUAGAGUAGAGACACAUUAAAGAAGCCUUCUGGUUCCUGCUGACAAACGCAUGUUGACUGUCACUCAAGAGCAGCUUGUUUUUGAAUAACAGAAGUGUUGAGAACCAAACCAUCCUGAAGGAUGUUGUGAAGUGACAACACCCCACAGUAAAACAUUUAAACGUUGCAUGUUUCUGGCAGCUACUGGCUUUUUAAGUUUGCCUUGUUCAUUGGGAUUUUCUGUGAUAUACUGUACCAAAGGUACUGCUUUUAUAGUAUUUGCACUAUAAUUGUAUAUUAUUUCAGAUAUGAUGCAUAAUUGCUUUCUACUACAUGAAACAUUUGAACAAAUAUAUAUUUAAUGUAUUUUAUGAAGAUGGUUCCGUACUUGUGCACCACUGUCAUUUUUUUUAAAAUCACAGAUUGACAUGCAAGGAUUUAGAUACAUCCUCUGAUGAGGGUUCUUAGGCAGCUAUCCACAUUCGAUAUGUAUAUAAAUAUAAACAGCAUCUUAUCUAAUCGGCUGUUAUCUUUUAUUUUUAAUAGUGUUUGGGGCAUGGCUAAUUGCUUUGUAAAUGAUUUAAGAGGAUUAGCCCAUCUACUGAAAGUGUGCAGUGUCACAGUACAUGUAGAAGAAUAACAAUUACAAUUUAAACAGCAGCACGUUCAACAUAUUCAAGUGUAUGCACUGCUUAGUCUAGCAUUUUUAUCAUGUUCUCAUCAGCCCAUGUUGUUAGUGAAAUGGCCAUUAAGGCUUGUUUCAGUGUUUCCUAUGUGAUGUAUUACAAAAGCUGAUCAAUAAAUUACUUAUGGGUA